ACACACCCAUUCACCUUGGCGCUGAAGUACAUCCGGUUACCCCCUCGUUGUCGCCAUUUUGAUACGCACAAGCGAGCUAUCAGAAGUAACGAAGAGACGACAGAAAGAGUAUAAUCAUGAGUGAAUGUCGUGUGUUUAUCGGUCGUUUGAGCCCCCACGCUCGCGAGAGGGACGUGGAGAAAUUCUUCAAGGGAUAUGGACGGAUCCGAGAAGUAAAUUUGAAGAACGGAUUCGGCUUUGUGGAGUUUGAGGACCACAGAGAUGCGGAUGAUGCAGUAUACGAGCUGAAUGGCAAGGAACUCUGUAGUGAAAGGGUGACUAUAGAGCAUGCCCGAUCCAGAAGAGGGAGGGGUGGUGGACCUGGGAUGGGUGGCGGCGGCGGCGGUGGAGGAGGAGGAGGAGGAGGACGCUUCUCACCUCGUUUCAGCAGCUACCGCCAAGGGUCUGGUGGUCACAGUGGUGGCUCCAGUAGGUAUGGUCCCCCUGUACGAACGGAACACAGACUCAUCGUGGAGAACUUGUCGUCAAGGAUCAGUUGGCAGGACCUGAAAGACCUGAUGAGGAAAGUUGGAGAGGUCACUUUUGUGGAUGCCCACAGAACCAACAAGAACGAAGGGGUGGUGGAGUUUGCAUCACACAGUGAAAUGAAGAAUGCCAUCGAUAAGCUUGAUGGAACAGACUUGAAUGGACGCAAGUUGAAACUGUCUGAGGAUCGCAAGAGCCGCCACAGCAGGAGUCGUUCCCGUGGCUCUCGUAGCUACUCCCGUAGCCGUUCCCGUUCCCCCCGCUCCAAGUCCCCCAGCCGUAGCAGGAGCCGUAACCGCUCCAGGAGCCCCCGAUCUCGCUCGGCCAGCCGUACCCCGGAGAAGAAGCCUUCCUCUGGAGGAGGGGGCAGGGCUGCACAUCGCUCCACCUCGCGCUCCCCGUCCCGUUCCAGAUCCCCUGCCCCUCGCUCCCGUUCCCCUGCCCCCAGUUCUCGCACGCCUCCUCCCGGUUCCCCUGCCCCAGCCCGGAAGCAGUCUCGCUCCCCUUCGGUUGAGAGCCAGCACUGAGCUGCACUGGGUGUGUGUAGUGGUGGCUGGAGGGAGGACCGGCUCAUUGUAAUGGCUGGAAUUAAUGGAACCAUGUUUGAUAGCGUUCCAUUGAUUCCAUUCCAGCUAUUCCAAUUAGCCUGUCUUCUCAUUUUAAAGUGACCACCAGCCUCUAGUGGUGUCGUGGUAUGGGCUGAAGCGUUGUCGUGCUGGGACCGUGGCGGCCUGCUUGCUUGCUAGUGUGGAAUGAAUGAAGAGGCUUGCGUUUGGUGAAGUUCUCCCACAAUCUCUCGUUUAAAAAAAAUAAAAUAAUCGGCUCUUUGGUCAUUGUGCCAGUAUCUUGGAUGCCCUGUAAUGAUUUUUUUCUCUUUUUGGGAGCCUUUGUUUUAUAGCUUGGAUCGCGCUUCCUCAAUUCAACUUCUAAUUGUUUUUGUUUUUUUGCCAUAUGAAUAAUUAAACAUUUUCCUUUUGAAAACUGAACCUUUUUAAUUAAAUGUAUAGUGCGAUUUGAGAGCUUUUGAUUGGGUCUCAUUCCUUUUGAUUAUCUACUGUUCUCCCUGCAGAUUGUAAGUCUCAUAACAUCUGUGUGAAAUGUACCAUUUGAAGUGAAACGUUCUGUCCAAGCUUUCUGUUAUGAAUCUAAUCAAUACAAUGUUAUAUUUCCAUCACCAUUAUUGCCCUGUCAGUGAUUCCAUUCCACACCCCAGACCUCAUAUAAAUUAAACCCAACAUGAUCAUUUACGGAUGGGUAUUGGGAAAACAUUUCCCACAAGGUUUAGUUUUAACAUUUGCAGAAAAAUAUUGUAUAUAUGCUCUUCACUAAUUCGUAUUAAAUGGGUACUUGUACGUCUCUAUUAAA